GAGCUGGUAGGCUCCAUGUAGGGCGUGCUAUGACAGCGUCUUUACUCCUCCAUUCCCGCUGGAUUGACCCAGUGAUGUUUCUCUAUGACAACGGCUUGGAUGAUAUGAGCAAAAACAUGGAAGGAUUUCUGGGAGGCAAUUUUGCUGCUAACCAGUGCAGGAAUCUUAUUGCCCACCCGUCUUCUUUGGCCCCGAGCACAACCUACACGUCGAGUGAGGUGCCAGGAUCGGGCAUGGGGGAACCUGUCAAACAAUGCAGUCCGUGUUCAGCCGUACAGAACUCUCCCAGUGCUUCUUUGCCCUAUGGAUAUUUUGGCGGCAGCUAUUACCCGUGUAGGAUGCCCAAGUCCUGCACGCAGCCCACCUCCUAUGGGGAAAAAUACAUGGACACGUCUGUUUCUGGAGAGGAGUUCCCUUGUCGUGCUAAGGAGUUUGCCUUCUACCAGGGUUACUCGUCUGGCCCUUACCAGCCUGUACCGAGUUAUCUUGACGUGCCAGUCGUACCUGCGCUGAGCACCCCUGUGGAACCCAGACACGAGUCUCUUCUGCCUGUUGAAACGUACCAGCCCUGGGCAAUCACGAACGGAUGGAGCAGUCCGAUGUAUUGCCCUAAAGACCAAACGCAGUCAAACAGCUUAUGGAAAUCGUCUAUUCAAGAUACUGUCUCGGGUACCGAUGGAGCCUCAGUGCGUCGAGGGAGAAAGAAGCGGGUUCCCUACACCAAGGUUCAAUUGAAGGAACUAGAACGAGAAUAUGCCGCAAAUAAGUUCAUUACUAAGGACAAACGAAGAAGGAUAUCUGCUCACACAAACCUGACCGAGCGACAAGUGACCAUCUGGUUUCAAAACAGGCGGGUGAAAGAGAAGAAAGUGGUCAACAAGUACAAGGGCAUCAGUUAAGGUCUGAAAGAAU